GGAGACCAAGAGCACAACCCCCCGACGAGCGCAGCCAGGGCAUCAGGGCCCGUAGGCAACAGAGAGCAGAGCAAAGCAGAGCAUCUACCACAACCCAGUGGCAUUCACACUCGUUUCCUACUUCCGCGACCAGCGACCAAAGUCUCUCAAUUUAUCUAUUCGAAGCCGCACUUGAAAAAAGUCGCUGCUCCCUCUCCUUUUCUCUCGAUGCACUAUGCGUCUUCACUCGCACUAUUCAGUCUAGCAUUCUGCUCAACAGAUGCGACCGCCAUUACUCAGCCAGCGCUCGAUAUAUCCUCCCUUGGACGCGUCGUUGUCGGUGGUCGCUUCUCCGGCAUCAGUCUUUAUCAAGAUACGCGACAGCUCGAGUCUCUCUCCAACGCUAGCACUGACUCCCUCGUGCUCCAGUCGCCAGACGGAUACUACAACAAUCUCGGCACAAGUAAUGGUGUCAUAUCUGCUGUUUGCGCAUUCAACAGCUCAUCCACAACCACAUCUCUCUACAUUGCCGGCAACUUUUCACAAAUUGGCAGUGUACAGGCGAGUAAUGUUGCACGGUACGAUGCUGCUGCAGGCACCUUUGCGCCGCUCUCAACAGGCGUACCAGGCCCAGUCUCGGCGCUCUACUGUGAUGCCUCCCGCAAUGUCGUUUACAUCGGUGGCGACUUUAACGACAAUGCCAACAUGAGCAACGCAGCGGCCUGGUCUACCGCAUCCAACUCCUUCCUGGAUCUAUCGUUUGGAGGCUUUGAUGGACCUGUUAGAGCGAUCACGGCGCGUGACAAUGCAAUCUUGUUUGGUGGGCGUUUUGACAUGAUUGACAAGGGCACGACCUCAAUCUCCAAUACCUCUCAGCAAGUCAACCUUCAAAGCUCCUACAUUACCUCUGAGAACCCUUCCUCCAUCCCAGGCUUCAUCAACCCAAACAAUAUUCUGUGCUCCUCAAAGCAAGACGAGCCGGGAUCCGUUUGGCUCGCCGCUGACAACGCCCCUGCCUCUUGGUCCUCUGCCCUCAACUACACCAUCAGACCCACCAAAUUCCGCAUUUACAACACACAUCGCGAUGGCCGCGGCGUGCGCGAAUUUCGUUUCAUUGCAAAACCCAUCAAUGGGAUUCUCAACUUGACGUAUACCGACCCAACCACUGGCAGCCGCGCCUACUGCGAUGCGCGAUGUCCACUGAGCGACUCGACGAGCGUCAACUAUACCGAAUUUGAGUUUGUCAAUGUCAUUCAAAUGACGGGCUUCACGAUUGCCAUGAGUGGGUGGUAUGGAUUGAGUGCUGGACUGCGUGGCUUCGAGCUAUUCACGGACGACAUCAAUGCAUAUGCAGUAACGGCAUUCAAUGCACCAACGUGUGCAACCGGUACCUUCACCUCGACCUCGCAACAAGUUGGCAAUUGGAUCUCUGCAAAGCUUGGCGAUGACCCUGGAUUCCUCUCUACUACUGACAACACGGCGAGCGUCACCUUCUUCCCGCAGAUUUCACAGAAAGGCACGUACUCUGUUCGUUUGUAUACGCCUGGAUGUCUCAUUGCAGGUUCUUGCGCCUCGCGCGGUCAAGUCCUCGUCAGUGUCUAUCCGUCCCCCGAUGCACAACCCACCAAUAUCACGCUCUUCCAAACAAACAAUUAUGAAAAGUAUGAUACUGUCUUUCAAGGCACUGUAGCGGCUUCGACUGCUUCAUUCAGGCCUCGUGUUGUUUUGUCUGCGUUGGGUAGUGCUGGACCUGUUCAGAAUACUGUUGCAUCUCGCGUUCAAUUCAUUCCGCUCAGCACACUGGAAGGUGCGGAAAGUUUGAAUGGUUUGUUUGAGUAUGAUCCGAGCGUGUCAGCGGUCUCAACACUCAAUGCAACAGCUGAUCAGGUCGGUCGUUCGCUCGGUUUUGAUGCUGUCAUCACACAGCUCGUGACAUCUGGAAAUACGGUGUAUGCUGCCGGGAACUUCUCUGGCAAUGGUAUCGCCAAUGUGCUCAAGUUGCAAAACAACGCCGCAUCCUCGCUUGGCAAUGCAGGCACAAAUGCAGCAGUGUCGGCGUUGCUCGUGUAUAAUGGCAUCCUCUAUCUCGGUGGCAAUUUCACUGCGCUUGUCAACGCUACAACGUCAGCGAGUCAUGUCGUUGCAUAUGAUACCGCCAAAGACAGCUGGCAAGCACUCGGCUCAGGCCUCGACGGUGCAGUGAGCAACUUAUUUCUGCUGAAUGGUACAGUGGGUUGUUCUGGUACGUUUACGAGCAUCAACGCAAAUGGCGGUCAAGCGGCUAUUUCAACGCGCGGAUCAGCCUUUUGGAACCCAUCAACAGGUACUUGGGCAGCUUCAGUCAAUAAUGCCGCUGGUCGCAUUUCAACAGCCUCUGCAGCAGUCAAUGGAACUUAUCUCACGGGCAGUCUCCAAGCAUCCUAUGCGCUUGCUGCACCGGGUGUCGCUUCAUUGCUCUCAUCCAGUAAUGGUACAACUCGACUUCGUUCCCUUGCAACCAAUACAACAACAAGCAAUUUCGACGUGCAGACCCUCAACUUCUACAACAGCAGUACCAAGUCCAUCACCAUCGUCGGUGGUCGCUUCGAUGCAACGGACUCCAAUGGUCGCAGAAUCACCAAUGUUGCUUUGCUCUCUGCAGAUGGUACAGUUGCCGGUCUGACCAAUAAUGGAGGUCUUGCUGCUGCGAGUACAGUGUUUGCGUCGCAUGUAGAUGGCGAUGUCUUGUACCUCGGUGGCAAUAUCACUGGUUCUGGCGCAUCCACACUUGGUGGUCUGGCAUUGUAUAACCUUGCAAGUGACAGUAUGGCCACCACACAACCUGCUGCAUUGACGGGCAGUAAUGUCCGCGUCCAAUCCAUAUCGACACGUCCUGGUGUACGACAGCUUGUUGUUGCUGGCAGUUUUGAUGCUGCUGGUGCAUUGACGUGUCCGUCGUUGUGUGUGUUGGAUCUCGCCACCACAACUUGGCAGCGUCCUGGUGUCGGUCUCUCUGGCAAUGUCUCCCAAGCGACAUGGAUUGGUAAUUCUGUUCUAUUGCUUGCUGGUGAUCUCAGCAUCAAUGGCUCUUCCUUGUCACUUGCAACCUUUGCCUUUGAUACGGGUUCGUUUGCGAGUGUGACGGGUAGUGAGAGGUUCCCUGGGUCUGCCAAUGUUGCUGUGACGGAUACCAAUGCAACGAGCUCCAUUUAUGUCGCUGGUAUGCGCGCAGACAAUUCCUCCUCCUAUCUCGCAAAAUGGAAUGGCUCAGCCAUUCUGGACUUGAGUACGGGUGCGCUUGGUGCAGGCAGUGUCAUUUACGACUUGCAAUUCGUGGAGCUCGCAAAGAGGUCUGGUGGUGCAUCCAACAACAUCAUGGCGCCUGAUCGACGACUCCUGGUUGCUGGUCGUUUGAACCUCACCGGCAAUGGUACGUUCGCAGCUGCAUUAUUUGAUGGUGUUGCUUGGUCGCCCUACCUCCUUGCGAGUGGCACAUCACAAGCAGAGACACGUUCAGGUGUGAUUCGCACAAUCUUUACGGAACAGCAAGCGACGUUUGGUAAGAGUACCGGGUCAGGCCUUUCGAAGGGCGCUGUGAUUGGCAUUGCGCUUGCCAUGGCGCUCUUUGUGGUCUUUAUGAUUGUUGCGUUGGGUGUGUUGGUUGCGUGGUGGCGGAGACGGCGAGAAGGUUAUCGCCCGGCGAAUCAACAAAUGACCCCGGCGCCUGGGUCAGAAAAACGCACGUUGACCAGCGUUACUGGGCCAUCACCAGAUUAUACAGCUCGGCCGAUGAAGACGUGAGGGUGCUUCAGCCUGCUUGAUUGUUCUGAAUACUUCCGUGUCACGCUCGCCAUUUGCAUUUGCUAUGAUGAUGGCGUCUGUACUACUUCUUUCUAUUAUUAUGUUUUAGUCCUCCUCUGAG